AUGUCUCCAUCGGGAGACUCCCACAUCAGCACCGUGAAGCUCUCCCCGCUGCCCAAAAAAGUAAGGGCGAAUGUUUGUUUCCUCUACAACGGUUUACCGCCUCAUAGUGGCGUGGAGGUGACACUGGGUGUCGAACUGCGAUGCACAGCGGAGGUUGGGCGACGACCUGUGGUGAAAGCUAAGCUCGCCGUGGCAUGGCUGCUUAGUUUGGGGAAAAGUCUUCUUGCCACUCCAGCAUAUUCACUGCCUCAGUACCCUGCACACUGGGCCCUUCCGUCUCAGACGUCCGACGGUAUGGCGACCGGUGAGAGGCGAUCAAAUCUCAGGCGGAGUUGGUUUUGUUGUGCACCCAUCUGUCGUCCAUCUCGUCGAUUCUCACGGAUCCUGUCACCUCGUCUGGCCAUUCUUCGCCUCCGCCCUCUGCGCCAAAAAUCCAUCAGUAUCAUCAACUGCUACUCACCAACAUCAGCAGCUGAUGAAUCCGAAUUGGACGCGUUUUACGAGGAGCUGGAGGAAGUAGUCCGCAACGAGAAGUCCUUCUACAAAUUCGUUGUCGGAGACUUCAACGCAAAACUAGGAAAGGCCACAGAAGAGGAAUACAGAAUUGGAAGAUUUGGACUAGAGGACCGGAAUGAAAAUGGCAAUCGUCUCGCUGAGCUGUUGUCCGCCGCUCGCCUCUUUCAUGGGAACUCUCUUUUCAUGAAAAAAGAUUAUCGUCGGUGGACAUGGGAAUCGCCCAAUGGCGCGACUCGUGCGGAGAUCGACCACAUACUCACCAACCGGAGGUGGUGUCUACUUGACGUGUCAGUAGUACCAUCCUUUUGUAGUGGUUCUGAUCACCGUCUCCUUCGUGCGAAAAUACGUCUUAGCCACACGAUGGAAAAGAACAUCUGCUAUCGGCAACGAAUGAGAAAAGAAGUCGUCUACGACGAUUGCGUACUCGAGGACUCCUUGUCCCAGGGUGACCGGCACAUCGAGGAGGACCCAGACGUGGACUACGAGAUGCUGCUCAGAGGAUUACGAGCCUGUGCUGAACGUGCCUCGAAGCCGCGUACGACAAACUUGGAUCGAAUUUCGAAGACCACCAAGGAAUUGUUGGAAAGAAGAAGGGCUUUGAGGAUUGAUCCGAAUGCGUCGCACAUUGAGCGGUUAGUAGCAAACACUAGCUGCAGAAAAGCGUUGCAGGAAGAUCUUAUGAAGUACAGGCAGAAGAAGAUUCUGGAAGCAGCACAAAGAAGAACAAGUCUAAAGAAGUGCCGCAGGGAUCUCCGCGAAUAUAAUAUUCCGCUAGCAACCUGGCGAAGCUUCACCACGGAUUCUCCCUUCGGAAGUAUGAGUCGCUAUCAAGAGCAUGAAACCUGGCACAGCCCCGGACCUGAUUUUAUAUCAGCAGACUUUCUUCGGGCUGGUGGCUAUCCGCUUCAUGACGAAGCCCAGCCUCAAGAACAAGCUGGAUUCCGUCAGGGGUUCAGCUGCUUGGACCACAUCCAGACCGUGUCGAGGGUCAUAGAGGUUUGCCGGGAAUACCGCCUGCUCCUUGUUCUAACCUACGUCGACUAUGAGAAAGCCUUUGACAGCGUAGAAACGAAUGCAAUACUGUCAGCGCUGGUCGACCAAGGUGUGGACGCGUCGUAUGUGAGGACAUUAGCCAAUUGCUACGAUCGAUGCACGACUAAGAUACAGCUUUUCCACCGCCCUCUCACCAUACCCAUCGGAAAGGGGGUACGACAAGGCGAUACUAUAUCGCCGAAGCUGUUCACAGCUGCAUUGCAAUGGAUAAUGAAAUCACUAUCCUGGGAAGAAAGGGGCAUACGUGUUGGUGGAAGAUUUCUUUCGAACCUUCGUUUCGCGGACGACAUCGUUCUCUUUUCGAGCAGUACCAAUGAAGCAGAAACGAUGCUCAACGAAUUGAACGAAGAAGGGAAGAGAAUAGGACUACGAAUAAACAGAAAGAAGACACAGUUCAUGAAGAACGCCUACUGCGAGGACGGAGGAGUACAACUUGAAGGCUCCCAAAUCGUGGAAACUCCGUCAUACGUAUACCUUAGACGUUCAAUGAACAUGGAAAACGACUUGAAGGAAGAACUAAACAGAAGAAUGAGAGCAGCAUGGGCAGCAUUCGCAGCCGUCAGGGAAGCUACGGACCAACUGACGGACCAAGAUCUUCGUGCCCAUCUGUUCGACUCGACAGUCCUUCCGGCGCUCUGUUACGCAGCGGAGACGUGGGCAGACACCGCGGCCACGUCUAGGAAGCUACUUACUACCCACAGAGCCCUUGAGAGAUGUCUCCUGAAGUUUAACCGGCGCACACAACACCUAGCCGGUCUUCGUAGCUCCGACUUAAGAGGAAUGUCCCGUCUUCACGACCCAGCGGAAUAUGUAUCGAAAGCAAAACAUAGAUGGGCCGGUCACAUCAUGAGAAGAAUCGACGAUAGAUGGACUGAAAGAACGCUAGGGUGGAUCCCAAGGGACGCUAAACGCCCCCGAGGGAGACCGCCAACGAGAUGA